AUGGUUAAAUAUCUGUUUAUCCACCCAGUUCGUUGCUCAGUUUGCAAUAUUCAGUCCAUUCAAGGGCGUUACCAAUGCUUGCAAUGCCUCUCAUACAAUCAAUGCCAACAGUGUUUCUGGCUCGGGUUGAUCAGCAAAAAUCACAAAGUGACUCAUCAGAUGCAAGAAUAUUGCACAAAGACCACAUCAAAAGAAGCCACACAAACACUUUGGAAAAAGAUGAGUAAUUGGCUAACUCUAAAAAAGAAUCGUUCUCCUUCUGCGCGCUAUCUUCCCUUGGAGAAGGGUCACCAGUUUAAGUCGUCCGAAAUGUCACUUUUCAGUGAGCAACUUGGUGACAGCCAAAGUACGGUCACAGAAAACACAGUCACUUAUCAGUUGGGCCAUCAACCACGAGAAAUCGCUAGUGUGGUUGGUCAUCUAAUGGAAGGAAAGGGGAAACUUGAGUGCGUUGUACAACAGAGUGAUUUCGCCAACAGUUUGGGCCCAGUCGUAAAAGAACAUUGCGAUCAACUUGAACUACAGCUACGACGACUGCGUCAGUUAGUUGCCCAGAAAGAAGCGCCAAAAGAUAACCUUUUGCCUCAUGUACCACGAAUGCUUACUCGCCUCGAGAGCACCCCUGUGUUACCCAGUCAACAACGGAAGAACGAACUUGAACAACUCAAUUUUAGCCCAAUCGACGAACCCAAAAGCAUUAUGCAGCGCACCGCCCGUGAAAGACAAAGCUUGCGCACUCCUUCAGUUAAGGCAAAUAUUGUCACCAAUGGAACUUUGAAUUAUUGCACGCCGCGCUUACAGAGGAAGACGACAGAUAAUGGUAGUAGCAACAGCAAAAACUACAACGGAACCGUAGAGAGCGUACCACGCUUUGCAACCGACUUUAGCCUGCGGGAUUUGAGCCGCAACCUACAGCAGCCUACAGCCCCCAGUAGUCUAGCGCAAUCAUCAUCUUCAACUGUCGAUUCACAGCUAAAUGCUGAACUAGAAGAAAUCUUGGCUCAGCUUGAUCAGCUUUUCCCAUCUCAGCCAUUCAAUGGUGUUCCUUGUUCUGCAGUGGCGCGUUGUGCAGCGGUAAACCCUCCACCUGAAAAUGCAACUCUUGUUAGAGCUACCAAUCAAGUAGCCGGAGUCUUAGCAGAAUUUGUUGAUGGGUUUAAUGAGUGAAGUGCAUUAAUUACAGCACACUCAAUUUGUGCGUUAUGUGAAUUUUUUCGUUUCAUAUGACUUUGAUUUCAGUUAAAAGUCACAUUUAUGUAUUUGUGUCGUGUCGAACUGCAUCCUGCCAAACUAGUUUCAUACCAUGACAAUCGUGAGCCUGAGACAACUUCAAAUUUUCUGUCGUAAACAAAAACAAUCAAUUGCUGUGCUAUGUUAUAUUUGAGAUUUCAAACUUUCAAUACAAUUUCUCGUUAAUUUUGGA